AUGAAGUCAUAUAAAACCAUCAAUGAUGAGAAUAAACUAAGUCGCCACCUCAAAUCAAAGUCAGAUAUUCAUAAUCAAAACAUGCAUCACAAUAUUGGUGGUAGUUACAACAGUAAUGCAAACACCAACAGCUCCACCAAAACCGCGUCAGGAUCCAACUACAAGUCGACAAGAUUGUCUGAUUCACAUUUGGGUUCACUACAUAGGGAAGUGUUGAGCGAUUUAACUGCACAAGAGAAUUACAAAUCCCGUGUCAAGUCUCAACAACAACAAGUAUCACAACAAGCGCAUCUGCAUCUUCCAUUACAACAGUCAUAUCCAUACUCACACCACCAGCACAGUAGCAGCAAUAGCAACAGCAGUAUUGGCAGUGGGGUAGCUACAUCAGGAGCUACUUUGAGUCAACCAAAAGUACAAAUCUAUAAACAAGCAACACAAGCUCUCCAUCAUUAUAAAAAACCACGAUUGGAGAGAGUAUCGCAUAGAGAAUUUGGUGACGAUUAUACCGAUGACGAUUUGAGAAGUACGUCUGAUGACUUGGCUGAAUCUAGCGAUGAUAAAGAGAAUAGGAAUCCGACGCUGACACAUUCUCAAUUGCAUUUACAUGAACAACAUAAACUCCAGCAUCAUCAACAGCAUCAACAAGUCCAAGAUCUUCACAAUAGAAUACAUGAUGAAGUUAGGUACCAACCGCUGCAGCAUCAACAACAGCAACAGCCAUUACGCUCACGCGACAAGUAUGAAACGCACUUCAAGGAGGAGAUUGAAGAGGACAGAUUUACAAGUGAAGAGCUUGACGAUACCAGCUAUAGAUUAAAAGAAGAUGAUGAUGAUCGCGAGUUACGAAAUCAAAUUGCCGUCAAACAAAGCAUUACAAGAGACAGUAUUGCAGAGCUAUACACAAAGAAUUUACGAAAUGAUGACGACUUACAAACAGAGAAGGAAGUUUCAAUGGAGACUACAAUUAGGCAAGACGACAGUCUGUCUAUUCAUGAACAAGAGGAAGUCCACCGCCAGCAGCAGCACCACCACCACCACCAACAGCAGCAACAGCAAGCUACCUCCAAAUCGCACUCCCAUUCCAACCGUCAGCAUCGUACUGAAGCUGUCACACCCAUGAAGCCGUUGUGGGAUCUAUCAAUCAAGAUGAAAUUACAAAGAGUGGUUGAUCAAUUUUCAAGAACAACAUUGGACGAAAAUGAUGAGGAUACUUAUGACGCCUCAAUGGUUGCUGAAUAUGCGCCGGAAAUAUUCAACUACAUGCGUAGUUUGGAAGAAAAGUAUAAACCAGACCCGUAUUACAUGGAUACAAUGCAAGAUGAGUUGAGAUGGGGCAUGAGGGCAGUAUUGAUUGAUUGGGUGGUUCAGGUACAUGGUAAAUUCAACUUACUCCCGGAGACACUUUUCCUCACUGUCAACUACAUUGAUCGAUUCCUUUCCAAACGUAAAGUUUCAUUAAGCAGAUUUCAAUUGGUUGGCGCAGUUGCAUUUUUCAUUGCUGCUAAAUACGAAGAAAUUAAUUGUCCCACAGUACAAGAAGUUGCGUUUAUGGCCGAUAACGCAUACUCAAUAGAUGAGUUCCUCAAAGCUGAACGUUUCAUGAUUGAUGUUUUGGAAUUUGAUAUGGGGUGGCCAGGCCCAAUGUCGUUCCUUCGACGCACAUCUAAAGCUGAUGAUUACGAUUAUGAAACUCGAACUUUGGCUAAAUACUUUUUGGAAAUCACGGUGAUGGAUGCACGGUUUGUCGCAUCGCCACCAAGCUGGUUGGCUGCGGGUGCACAAUAUCUUUCACGAUUAUUGUUGAAUCGUGGUGAAUGGACUGAAGCUCAUGUCUUUUACAGCGGGUAUACCGAACGACAAUUGAGACCUUUGGCGGAACAAUUGUUGGAAAACUGUCGAUUUGCUGAAAAAAAUCACAAGGCGAUUUUUGAAAAGUAUCUGGAAAAAAGAUUCAAAAGGAGCUCAUUGUUUGUUAAAGAGUAUUUUGACAAUUUUUGA